CUUUGACCCAACAGUGUACUCUUCGGUCACACGCUGAGUUCACAGUCGCUCGAUUUUAUUUGCUUUUUUUGUGAAAUUCCUCGAGGUUUCUGCGAAAAAGAAGUGUGUUGGAGACAAGAAGAGUAAAUCUGUUCACACGAAGAGGUCGGAGCCCUUCGUAUGGGCACAACACAAUCCAAGGAUUCCACUGCACAUAGAUCACUCAAUGAUCUCCAUCAGGACCACGCAGACACCAUGAAUCCAAGCGAUCAGAGGAACAUUCUCCCUCAACCCCCACCCCUGUACCCCUCUAACAAUGAUGCCUCAGUUCCACAGGGGUCAUAUGGUUCACCUAGCAUGCAGGGGAUUGCCCCAAUGGGAAGUUACUCCACUAGUUCGCAACCCUACUCCCAUAUUCCAAUCAACCCAGUUCCCGGGCCACCGUACCACAAGAUAGCACAACCUAUGAGGUCGCAGGAACCCAUCGUAUCCCAGCAGUCAAUGUACCAGCAGUACCCCCAGCAGAGUUUUGGACAGCCGACAUACUCGCAGUCGUACUCUCAGCAGUUCUAUCCACAGUCGUCGUACCAGUCGACGUUUAAUGCCCCAAUGCACAGCAUGCAGCAGUCGUACUUGCAGCCACACAUGCCGUACCAGCAAGCACAGCCUCAUUCUUCUCCACAGAAGUACGACAUGUACCAACAAUCCUACCAGCAGGACCAAACUGUAGCACUACAACAACCUCAGAUACCAAUAGCCAAGCCACAGAGUCAGAUGCCCAUACAACCACAACCACAGGUGCUUCAACCCCCAAGCCAACCUCAUUCUUACCAAGCACAACCCAUGCCACAGACUCAACCACCAACCUCAAUCUACCAACCUCCAGUCAUCGAUAACACCCGAUUACAACCUCCGAACCCUCAAAUGAACCCGCCUCAGAAACCGAGUACGCCGCCCAGCCAAGUCCAAUCAAACAAGGACCCAUCUUCUGUCAUGCCCACCCCACCAUCAGACUCGGCACCUUCAGAAACCUCUGACGUACCACCAGGCUCCCCCGAAAUCAAAAUAACAAUCAAGAAGACAUUUGAUAAGGGACGGCCACGGUUAACAUCAACUCUCGCUGGGAAGGAAGCAAGCGACAAGACAGAUGCAGUUGGAAGUGGCAGUGAAAUGUCAAAGGAAGAAGACGUGACUCAGUCUGACUCUGGAGCUGACAUCGCUUCUAGAGAUCAACCCAGCCCUACUCCACCAAAACCAAAGACAGUCGCUCAGAAGAGGGAGAACUUCAAAGUUGGAAAGGCCGCUGCUUUGCCCAAACCAACGCUCCAAGCCAACCCGCCUUCAACUUCCUUUGAUGAGAAGCCAUGUGAGUGGCUUGUGGGUGACCUUGUCUGGUCAAAGGUCACAGGUCAUCCAUGGUGGCCCUGCAUGGUGGCGUAUGAUCCUAACUUGGGUAUCUACACAAGAAUGAAAGGAGCCUAUGGGAAGAGUUAUCGCAUGUAUCACGUUCAGUUCUUUGGCGAAGUCCCAGAGAGGGGUUGGGUGAGUGGCUGCAGUAUGCGCAAAUUCACCGGCCGUAGUCAGUACGAUCAGUUAGUCCAAGAACUAGUCGCUAAAGUUAAACGAAAGGAACGCGCCAAAAUGAUGGCCAAACUUGCCUUGAAGCCAAGCCGAAAGUCUGCUUGGGAAACAUCAGUUGUGGAGUGCGAGAAAGCGUUGCCAAUGAGCAGACAUGAACGCAAACUCAAGUUCACCUUCAAGUACGAGAUUCCAAAGUCCGCCACCGGGAGCCUGUCGGCAGAACAGAUUGACGUGGUGUCGCUGGGCGAUUCUCCAAAGAUGAAGGCCAAGCGAGCUUACAAGAAACAGCAAGACAGCGAGGCAGCGGCAGCUACGACUAAAGAGGCAAGCCAAGACCCGACCCAAACCCACUCUGCUUCCAUAUCCACUCCAGACAGACAUCCCGCGGGUAGCAUGGCAUCUGAAGACAACAAUACCGCCCUCCCAGUGCCUCGGACUAAAAGAAAAUACCGCAAGAGGAAAUCCGUGGAAGAGGCCAAGCCACCUCCUGCUCAGGAAUCGCCAAGAACAAAGCGGAAACGCGGUCGGAAGUCGUUACAGUUCCUAGCGUUCUGUAGCAAGCACCUGGAGGAGUUGACGUUACAACAUCCCAAGAUGAGUAAAGCAGAGUUGAAUGCUUUACUUGAAGAGAAAUGGGAAGAUGCAACGGAAGAAGAGAAAGCUAAAUAUGGCAGCAGCCCAGCACGGUCAGCUGCCACUACUCCAAGACGAGCAAGGAAGCGUCAAGUACAAGAAGCCAGUCUUGAUUCAGAUGUGGUGGUGAAGCGAUCUCGUCGCGAGACCAAACCAUCCAAGAAACUCCAGGAAGCUGACUUGGACAAUCUGGGCUUCUCUCCUAAAAUGACCAAGUCACUCAAAUUGAAGGAUGAAGAACCCGAGAAGAAACGCAGUGGACCGGCAGACAGGCUUGCCCCCACUGCUACCCCUGAUGGUGGUGCCGCUGAUCCCGUACUAAAGAAGAAGAGACGAGGACGCAAAGCCAAGCAUCUGACCAAUGGCGACUCGGUCCUGAACAGGGUACCGGUGAAACCAGACAAGACAGGCGGAGAGACAAUUGCAACCGAGAUGUCUAAAGACUUUGCCGAGAUGCAGGAGGAUGAGCCAGGGUUGAUCAUUGAUACGGAGCUGAUUACCGGAGCCAUCGAGUCGGCUGUCGACGGUCCCGAGAACGCCAACGGAGUUCCGUUCAGCGUCAGUGGCCACAGUUCAGGUGACGAACAGGCCAGCACCAGCAACGCAUCGCAGGCCAGCAGCACCAACGGGGCACCCAGAGAGAAAGGCGGAGGUGCAGCCAAGAAGGAGAACGUGUGUCAGGUGUGCGAGGGGCCUGGGGAGUUACUGUUGUGUGAAGGGGGUUGCUGCGGAGCGUUUCACUUGGACUGCAUCGGACUGCAAAGCACACCGACUGGAACAUUCAAAUGCGACGAGUGUAUAUCGGGGGUUCAUUCUUGCUUCGUUUGCAAGGCCGGAGAUAAAACCGUCAAGCGUUGUCAUGUCGGAGUCUGUGGCAAGUACUAUCAUGAGGACUGCGUGAAGAAGUCCUCACAGACGCGCAUCGACAGCCGGGGAUUCACCUGUCCGCUACAUACCUGCACCACCUGCUUCGCUGACAACCCCAAGAACCUCAAAGCCGGCAAAGGUCGUUUGGUGCGUUGCGUUCGCUGCCCGACAUCCUUCCAUGCCGGUGAUAGCUGUAUAGCGGCCGGUAGCAUCACCCUCGCAUCCAACGCUAUUGUGUGUAGUCGACACUUUAAACCAAUCAAAACUCAGAAGCAUCACGCCAGGGUCAGCGUCAGUUGGUGUUUCAUGUGCUCUAUAGGCGGUGAUCUGAUAUGUUGCGACAGCUGCCCUGCAGCAUUCCAUGCAUCAUGCAUUGGUUUCACAUCAAUACCGGAGGGUAACUGGUACUGCCGCGAUUGCAGUAUCGGUAAACGUCCUCGAUAUAAUGACAUCAUAUGGGUCAAGCUAGGAAACUACAGAUGGUGGCCAGCCCAGGUCUGCAAUCCACGCAACGUCCCCACCAACAUCCAAGAAAUGAACCACCAGGUCGGGGAAUUCCCUGUCCAGUUCUUCGGGUCUCACGACUACUUCUGGACUCACCACGGGCGUGUCUUUGCUUACUACGAGGGGGAUAAAGGGAGCAGAGAAAACGCUGCUUCUAAGGGAUUGGCGGCAGUCUUCAAAGCAGCUCUCCUUGAAGCAGCAGAGAAAUACAAACAAUGGAAGGGCCAUCGUGAGCUGAAGGAAGCACGAGAACUUGAGAACAGUAGCAAGAAGCCUAGACCAUUCAAGUACAUCAAGAUCAACAGGCCGGUAGGACGCGUCCAGAUGCCAGCCUUCGAUAUCAGCCAGUGCCAGCCCUGUGACUGCAAGCCAACAAGCGAAAACCCCUGCGGCAAGGACAGCGAUUGCCUGAAUCGGAUCCUACUGAUUGAGUGUCACCCCCUCGUGUGUCCAGCGGGGGAGAAGUGUCAGAACCAACGAUUCCAGAAACGAGAGUAUCCCGAGUCUAGGCCAGAGAAGAUGGGCAAACGAGGCUGGGGGUUGAUGUCGCAUGUUGAUAUUAAGAAGGGUGAUUUCGUUAAUGAGUACGUCGGAGAACUGGUUGACGAAGAAGAAUGUCGUGAGAGGAUCCGCCAAGCUCACGACAACAACAUCUGCGACUUCUACUUCUUGACGCUGGACAAAGAUCGCAUCAUCGAUGCCGGGCCAAAGGGCAACUUGUCUCGGUUUAUGAACCAUUGCUGUCAGCCCAACUGUGAGACCCAGAAAUGGACCGUGAAUGGCGACACACGAGUUGGACUGUUUGCCAUCUGUGAUAUUCCAAGCAAAACGGAACUUACGUUCAAUUACAACCUGGACUGUCUGGGAAAUGAGAAGAAACGCUGCGAGUGUGGCGCCCCCAACUGCAGUGGCUUCAUUGGGGUCAGGCCAAAGACUGCUUCAGCUGAAGCCGUGGCCGAGAAAUUCAAGAAGGCAGCUGACAGAAAGAAACUGAAACGCCGGAAGCGCAAGAUGAAGAUUGUUGCCAAAGUCAACCACGACGACGUGUGCUUCCGUUGCGGCGAGGGAGGAGAACUUGUCAUGUGUGAUCAUAAGAACUGCCCCAAGGCUUACUGUCUGGGAUGCCUGAAAAUUGCCAAGCCACCGCACGGAAAAUGGAUUUGUCCUUGGCAUCAUUGUGACGAAUGCGGCAAGUUAGCCACUCAGCUGUGCGAAGAGUGUCCAAACUCCUACUGCAACAGCCAUGCAGUGGGCAACAUCACCGUCGUCAUGGAGAUGAAACUGUGCCGAGAUCACGAGGAGGAACGAGAGCAAUUGGCGACGCAGCGACGUCUGAAGGCGGAGUUGGCAACGGUAGCGAAGAUGCAGAAAGACCAGGAGGAUGUAGAACGGAGGAAGAAACGAGACGAGAACCUAGCAAAGAAAGAGAAGAAGAUGCUGAAGAAAGAGAAGGAGAAAUUGAAGGAGAGACGGAAAGAGCGCAAGAAAGAAAAAAGACGAGAGAAGGCUGAAGCCACUGUGGAAACGGAGGCUGGAGAUGCUGACAAAGCUAGAGUCAAGAAAACACGGAACAGAAUCAAGAAAGGCACCAAGAAGGAAGUUGUCAAGAGAAAAUCUAAGAACUUGAAGAAAUCCAAGACCCCGUCAGAUGCAAAAAUGACCAACAGCUUACCUCCAAAGGAGCCAGAGACGCCUGGAGAUGUAGGUUUCCUCUUAGACGACAGCGAGGGGGAACUUGUGAUUGAUGAGGAUUUUCAAGAAGAGAAGAAGUCCAAACGCACCAAGAAAGGACAGGAGAAUGUCGCCAAAGAAGGCACCGCGAUGAAAUCUGGCCCUCUAAGUGGCAAGAGCAAAAACGGAAAACCUAAGGAGGCUCCGAAAGCCACGUAACGGCAUGAAAGGUAAUUUUCUUUUAAAUAUUUUUUUUAAUAAUAUCGUAAAUUUAUGGAACUUCAUCGAAAUAAUGUGUCGUUCUUUGAGGGCAAAGUAGUGGGUUGGUGAACAUUUUGGUACUUGGAAUGAAUUUUUUUUAAUAAAUGAGAUUAGAAGUAUGAUAAAAACAGAAAUAUGAAUUGCAUCUUUAAAUGUGUCUUAGAUUCCAUUUUAAGAUUUAUUGUCAAGUUUAUACAGUUAAAGCUAUGAUAUUCUUCUUUUCGGAAGCAUAAUUUUGUUAUAAAUCCAAGUAUUUAGUACCCUUUGUUAUAUUUUGUGUGAGCAUCCAUUUUCUUUGAUUUAACAAUGAAAUGUCGCCACCUAGUGUUGCAUGUUAACAGCAGUACCUCAACAAUACAUGUAUAUGUAGUGUUUUCUCAAUUUAUUUUGGAUUUGUUAUGCUUGUCACCACAACCUUAAACAUUGUACAUGGACAAUCAAUAAGAUAAAUUGUUAUAUGUCAAUCACAACCAUGACAUUCUUCAAUUUUUUCCUAAUUAAAGUUUCAUAUGAUAUUUCUUUUAAGGGGAACAAGCUCCCGGAAGGUUUAGCAUGUUUCCACACUAUCACAUAGACCAAACCAAUCUUGCACUUAAAAUUUGCUGUCGCUGAGAAAAUUUCAAUUUUCAUGAAGGGGUUUUGUAGAAUAGUGGUGGUUUUUUUUGGGGGGGGGGGGGAGUGUUUUAAUACUUUUUUAAGUUUUUGUUAUUAUUUAGUGUGGUUGUUCUGAAAUUUAAUUUGUAAUAUGUUCACAGAAUUUAGAAAUAGGACCAUGGUAAAUGAAAUUGCAUCUAUUAUUUUUGAAAAGUUAAUUUUUGUUUUAAUGGCAAAAUUAAUUCUCACAUUUUCUGCUGAAGUUUAACUUAAAGGAAAAAUUUGCUGAAUGUACUGUUAAUCAACAACUGAAGUUCCUUUGAAAUGAAGUCUUGGUCUGCUGUGUUUUUUUUUGGUUCUAGGUUUUGGUUCUUGUGCAACACAAUGGCAUUUAGGGAACAUCAUUUUUUGUCGAUUGUCAGGCCUGUGUUUUCUUUCAACUCGGUCUUAGCUGAAUCAUGAGCAAAAAUGUCAGUCUUCCUGAAAAUCUCCACAAUUACAUAAUCACAUUUAAUACAUGUACUCUAUACUGCAUGCUAUUAGUGAAAUUGUGUUCUUUUGUGCGUUUUUUUUUUUUUUUUGAACAGAUUUGGAAGAGAGUUGUCAAGUAAUUGUUCAAAUUAAAUCAAAUGUUUCUAUGAGAGUAUAAUGUACUAAAAAUACAGCACAUUAGUUGUUGACAAUCCUUUGUAUAAUGGUUCCAUAAAAAGUACAUGUAAUUGAUUAAUUUUGGAUUUUGUUUCUGAUUUUCCAUUUAGUUGGAACAAAAACAUGUAAAUAGUUUGAAGCAAAUAGAAAAUUGAUACCAGAUCGAGAGAUCUCCUUUUGUUUGUAUGUAAUACUAUGUAAAGGGUUUUGAAAGAAUACAAUCAGAUUGCUCUGUUAAAGACUUUUAGUUGGCAAGUAAUUUUUGUUUUCUUCUGAUCAGUACAAGUUGAGGGUUUGGAAGAUUGUUUAGAAACCAAGACAGUUGCAGUUAGGUGUGUAAAUGUAAGAGUAAAUGAAUAAAAUUUGAUACUUGUUUAAACCAUAA